AACGCCAAAACGCCCGUCCCUCAUUUCCUCCCAUACAAUUUCUCCUCUAUCUCUAUCUCUCUAUCUCCAUCGUGCGUUUCGCUGUCUUAGCUUCGCUCAGUUCCAACUCUCACUGUACUCCACGGCACCAUCCCCUCAAAAUGCUAUUCUCACCAUUCAUGCUUCUCAUCGCAUUCUCUUGCACAGACUGAUUACUCUAAUUAUUUGUCCCUUCUCACGCCCCGUCCCUGCCAUGGUUCAGCACCACUUUCUUCUCGUCUCGUUCCCGGCUCAAGGCCACCUCAAUCCCGCGCUCCAGCUCGCCCACAGACUCACUCGCAUGGGCGUCCUCGUCACUCUCGCCACCACCGUCCGCAUGCACCGUGGCUUGGACAAGACCUCAACUAUCCCCGGCCUCUCCUUCGCCCCCUUCUCCGAUGGCUACGACGACGGUUUCAAACCCGAAGAAGGCAAAGUCAGUGACGAUUUUAUUGCCAGCUACCUUUUGGAGUUGCGGCGUCGGGGCUCUGAGUCUAUUGCCAAUCUCAUAGCGUCCGUCAAGCAGAACGGUGGCCAUCCUUUCACCUGUAUAGUGCACACCAUGCUUCUUACUUGGGCAACAGAACUGGCCCGCCAACUUCAUCUUCCAUCAGCCCUAUUGUGGGCCCAGCCUGCCACAGUAUUCAGCAUCUACUAUUACUACUUUAAGGACGACGACUUCAUCAGGAACAAACUUUCAUCGGUUUCAAAUUUAAUGGAGCUACCGGGCCUGCCACCUUUCGAACCGCGGGACCUCCCGUCAUUUAUCACAUCCCCGUCCGGCGUUUAUGCUUUUCUCCUGCCUUCGUUGGGAGAGGAUCUCCGAAUCCUGCAACAAGAACCCAAUCCAAUAGUUCUGGCGAACACGUUUGAGGAACUAGAAGCCAAUGCUCUGAGAGCCGUCGGUGACAGUUUCAGAAUGAUGGCAGUCGGCCCAUUGGUGCCGUCGGUUUUGUUACACAGAAAAGACUCUGUAGACAGCUGCAAUUAUGACUACAUGGAGUGGUUAGAUUCAAAACCAGAGUCAUCGGUGAUUUACGUAUCGUUUGGGAGCCUAUGCGUGCUAUCCAAGAGACAGAUGGAGGAAAUAGCACGCGGGUUGAUAGACAGCGAGCGUCCAUUCUUGUGGUCAAUUAGAGAAGAGAAGGAGCAAGAGAAGGUGAGCGAGUAUAUGGAGGAAAUUGAGGGAAAAGGGAAGAUAGUGAGGUGGUGCAAACAGGCGGAGAUACUUUCACACAGGUCGUUGGGGUGUUUCGUGUCGCACUGCGGAUGGAAUUCGAGCUUGGAGAGUUUGGCGGCAGGGGUGCCGGUACUGGGGGUGCCUCAGUGGGGAGAUCAGACCACAAACUCCAUGUUGACGGAGCAAGUGUGGAAAACAGGGGUGAGGGUGAAGGUGGCGGGCGGCGGCGGCGGCGGAAUUGCUAGGGCGGAUGAGAUAAGGAGGUGCGUGGAGGAGGUGAUGGGGAAUGGAGAGAAAGGGAAGGAGGUGAGGAAGAACGUGGCGAGAUGGAGGGAGGCGUCGAGGGGAGCCAUGGAGGAAGGCGGUUCCUCUGAUAGAAAUCUCAGGGCCUUGUUGGAUCAGCUGAGUGCAGCACCCAGUAAUUGUUAAUUACUAGUUUUUCUUUCUUUUUCGUUACGAGUAAGAAUGAAGGGUGAUUAGAUUAAUUCGGUA